AUGGAUGAAUUAGCGAGUGGAUUUUCUGGCGUAGGAUAUGAAGCCCACACUGUUAUCGUGCAAAGUGAACUUAAACCUGGUGGAUCAGAGAGCCAGAGUCUUCAUAUGCUGCUGCCAAAUGGGUUUCAAUCUAACAGUAGCAAGCAUGAACCUCCGCAAAAAAAGGCAACUAUUGCGAGCAUUGAUAUCAUAAUUGGUGAAUACAUAUUUGAAAAAAUAAUGACACCCCAAGAUAUACUUGAAAGUGCACCAAUGUUGCAAUUUAGAAUGCAACUUGUUAUUCAUAGUAGUCUAAACUCCUACUUUGUGACUUGUUAUGAUCACGGUGAAAACAUCAUUCAAACUCUUCAA